AUGGUUGGUGAUGGGGUUAAAGAGAUGAUUUUGGAGAGUUGUAGGGGGGGUUUGAGGGGCUCGGGGUUUCGGUUCCAGGAUGAUUGGGCUAGCGUCAUAUCAGGCUCUGAUGAAGGCAUCUUCGCAUGGGUGGCUGCAAAUUAUGCCCUUGCUCUAGUAGGUGAUCCUUUGGAAACUACUGGGAUAAUGGAACUUGGUGGAGCUUCUGCUCAGGCUUCCAUGAAAAUGGACAAUGGAAAGACUGCAUUGGUUCCACUUUUUCGAAGUCAAGAGAACAUAGCUGCGGAGAAUGAAAGGCGAUGCAAGACGAUGCAGGGAUCAACAAGAUUAUGGUAUUAGCCUGCGGUUUCAACGGGUGUCAUGCCUCUGGUAGACCUGUUUGUCGAUGCA